GCACAGCACAGCGCAUCACCCAACUUUUCAGUCCCAAGUAGUCCCUCCCACCCCACCGGACUCCGACUCCGAGAGACAGGCACCAACCCGAGCACGAGCGCCCAACCGAUGGCGGGCGGGGAUGAGGAGGUGCUGGAGGCGGCGCCCGCGGGGGGCGCGGUCCGGCACCGCCAAGCGGGGAAGGGCGGGGGCGAGGACGACGAGAGGGGCAAUGGCGCGGGCCCCGGGAACGACCCGGCGUCGCUGGAGCGGGUGUUCGCGGACAAGGCGGUGCCGUCGUGGCGGGAGCAGCUGACGUUCCGCGCCCUCGCGGUUAGCGCGCUGCUGUCCGUCAUGUUCAGCGUCAUCGUCAUGAAGCUCAACCUCACCACGGGGAUCGUCCCUUCCCUCAACGUCUCCGCGGGGCUGCUGGGUUUCUUCUUCGUCCGCAUGUGGACCGCCGCCGUCGAGCGGAUGGGGCUGCUCCGGAAGCCCUUCACGCGGCAGGAGAAUACCGUCAUCCAGACCUGCGUCGUCUCCGCCUACGGCAUCGCAUUCAGCGGUGGGUUCGGCAGUUACCUAUUUGGAAUGAGUGAAACAAUUGCCAAGCAUGCAACAGAGGCUAAAGAUGCUAAUAAUAUAAAGGAUCCUCACCUUGGAUGGAUGAUAGGGUUUCUAUUCCUUGUCAGUUUUAUUGGGAUAUUUGCACUUGUGCCCCUAAGAAAAAUUAUGAUUGUUGACUACAAGCUGACCUAUCCAAGCGGCACAGCCACUGCAUAUCUCAUUAAUGGUUUUCACACACCUGAGGGUGCCAAGCUUGCAAAGAAGCAAGUAAAGACAUUGGGCAAGUACUUCUUGUUUAGCUUUUUCUGGGGCUUUUUCCAAUGGUUCUACACUGCUGGGGAUGACUGUGGAUUCAAGAACUUCCCAACAUUAGGCCUUGAAGCUUACAACAACAGGUUCUUCUUUGACUUCUCUCCUACAUAUGUUGGAGUUGGCAUGAUCUGCCCAUACAUUGUGAAUGUGUCUGUUCUGCUGGGGGGUAUCCUAUCGUGGGGUGUAAUGUGGCCUCUCAUUGCCAAGAAGAAGGGGAGUUGGUACCCUGCUGAUCUCCCGGACACAAGUCUUCAUGGGCUGCAGGCUUACAGGGUUUUUAUAUCCAUUGCUUUGAUUCUUGGAGAUGGUUUAUACAACUUCCUCAAGGUGCUUAUCCGCACAGUUGCCGGCUUCAUAUCAAUGGUUCAGCAAAAUUCAAAAAGCCAGCUUCCUGUUUCAGACAAUGGGGGCCUCAUGUCCACCACUGAAGCUGUAUCCUUUGAUGAUGAGCGUCGCACUGAACUCUUCCUGAAAGAUCAAAUUCCCAAGUCAGUUGCAUAUGGAGGCUAUGUUGUGAUUGCCGCUAUAUCCAUCGGCACUCUUCCUCAGAUCUUCCCGCAGCUCAAGUGGUACUACAUUUUGGUCGCCUACGUUGUAGCACCUGUGCUGGCCUUCUGCAAUGCCUACGGUAGUGGCCUCACAGAUUGGUCUCUUGCCUCCACCUACGGCAAGCUCGCUAUCUUCGUCUUCGGUGCAUGGGCUGGCCUUUCUCAUGGCGGUGUGCUCGUCGGACUCGCUGCAUGUGGUGUCAUGAUGAGCAUUGUGUCGACUGCCUCUGACCUGAUGCAAGAUUUCAAAACUGGAUACCUGACUCUAGCAUCGCCAAGGUCUAUGUUCAUCAGCCAAGUGAUCGGCACCGGGAUGGGCUGCGUCAUCGCUCCCUGUGUCUUCUGGCUGUUCUACAAGGCGUUCAGCGACAUCGGCGAGAGCGGCACCGAGUACCCGGCGCCUUACGCCAUCGUGUACCGCAACAUGGCCAUCCUUGGCGUCGACGGCUUCUCAUCGCUGCCAGAGAACUGCAUCACCCUCUGCUACAUCUUCUUCGCCGCAGCGAUCGUCAUCAACCUGGUAAGAGACCUGACGCCGCACAGGGUCUCGAGGUUCAUCCCGCUCCCGAUGGCGAUGGCGAUCCCUUUCUACAUUGGGUCGUACUUCGCGAUCGACAUGUUCCUGGGCAGUGUGAUCCUCUUCGCGUGGGAGAGGCUGAACAAGGCCAAGGCAGACGCCUUCGGCCCGGCGGUCGCGUCGGGGCUGAUAUGCGGGGACGGGAUCUGGACCCUGCCCCAGUCUAUCCUGGCCCUUGCCAAGGUGAAGCCCCCCAUUUGCAUGAAGUUUUUGUCGAGAGCAGCCAAUGCCAAGGUGGACAGCUUCUUCGCAGGCUAAGGAUCAUGGUGAUCUUACAGAGAAAGAACUACGGCAAGUAGCACGGCUCAUCCUGUAAUUAUUGUCGCAAAAUGUGUUACCGGACCACUUGUUUUGUAGGAUAUCCAGAAAAUGUGUUCGCUGUAGGAAAGAAGCUUCGCCAA